CUGAGACGAAGACUGGACGAAAGACUUUCGAGUAUCGGAUGACAUGAGUGUGGUGGCGGUGUCGCUUUUGCAUCUUCUAUGUUGAUGAGGCUUCGGACGAGAAAUGAAAUAAUGAAACGGCCGUCACCAUGGCUCCCAUGGACACUCAUCCCCUUGAUCCUGGCGCUGACGAGCCCCGGCGGGGGCGGCACGAGCACGGGGGGCGGCGGCAACGCGCUCCACAUCGGCGGCAUCUUUCCCAUCGCGGGCAAGGGCGGUUGGCAGGGCGGCCAGGCCUGCAUGCCUGCCGCCCGCCUCGCUUUGGAAGACGUCAACGCCAGGAAGGACCUCUUGCCCGGGUAUAAGCUGAAGCUGCACAGCAACGAUAGCGAGUGUGAACCUGGCUUAGGCGCUAGUGUGAUGUACAACCUGCUUUACAACGAACCUACGAAGCUCAUGUUGCUGGCUGGAUGUAGUACAGUGUGUACCACUGUCGCCGAGGCUGCAAAAAUGUGGAAUUUAGUUGUGCUAUGUUACGGGGCAAGUUCUCCCGCACUGUCCGACAGGAACCGGUUCCCCACCUUGUUUCGUACCCAUCCCUCCGCCACUGUCCACAAUCCGACGCGCAUCAAGCUCAUGAAGAAGUUUGGUUGGUCGCGCGUCGCCAUCUUGCAGCAAGCGGAAGAAGUCUUCAUUUCGACCGUGGAAGAUCUGGAAUCGAGAUGUUCGGAGGCAGGCAUCGAAAUUGUUACUAGGCAAUCUUUCUUGUCAGAUCCGUCAGACGCUGUCAGAAAUCUUCGAAGACAAGAUGCGCGUGUGAUAGUGGGACUGUUUUACGUUGUGGCUGCCAGACGAGUCCUGUGCGAACUCUACAAGCACAACCUCUAUGGCAAAUCGUACACAUGGUUUUUUAUUGGUUGGUACGAAGAUAACUGGUUUGAAGUCAAUUUGGAAAAGGAAAAAGUCAACUGCAGUCUAGCGGAAAUGAGGAUAGCAGCAGAAGGACAUCUGACCACAGAAGCGCUAAUGUGGAACCAAAAUAAGAACGAGCGUACGAUAUCGGGCAUGACGUCAGAAGACUUCCGACAUCGCUUGAACGACGUGCUGAGGAAGGAGGGAUACGACAUCGAAAACCAACGAUAUCCCGAAGGAUACCAGGAAGCUCCGCUAGCCUAUGACGCUGUUUGGUCCGUAGCAUUAGCCUUUAAUAAGACGAUGGACCGUCUGCACAAAUAUGGAAAAAGUUUGAAGGACUUCAAUUACAAUAAUAAAGAGAUCGCAGACGACAUCUAUUCAGCUAUUAAUUCUACGCAGUUUUUAGGAGUUUCUGGCAUCGUGGCGUUCAGCUCUCAGGGCGACCGUAUCGCUCUCACGCAAAUAGAGCAGGUGGUAAAUGGCAGCUACGUAGUGCUGGGCUAUUACGACACCCAGGCGGACAACCUGACCUGGUUCGACAGGGAAGUGUGGAAAGGUGGAAAAGUUCCUCAGGAUCGGACUAUCAUCAGAAAAUCCCUCAGGACGUUGUCGUUACCUCUUUUUAUAUGCAUGUGUGCAGUUUCCUGUCUUGGAAUUGUUAUUGCAACAGGACUGAUUAUAUUUAAUAUAUGGAAUAAACAUAGAAGGGUGAUCCAAUCAUCGCAUCCAGUCUGCAACACUAUCAUGCUCUUCGGCAUCAUAAUUUGCUUCAUAUCCGUCUUUUUCCUCGGCCUCGAUGGCCAUUUCGUCUCACCGGUAGUGUUUCCCAUCAUGUGCCAAGCGAGAGCUUGGCUCAUGGCUGUGGGCUUCACGCUGUCCUUUGGAGCGAUGUUCAGCAAAGUUUGGAGAGUACACAGACUAAGCACGAAAGCGAAAACUGACCCCAAAGUCAGGAUGAAAAAAGUACAGCCUUGGAAACUCUACUCCAUGGUGUCAGGUCUGUUAGUCAUAGACAUAAUCAUAAUGCUGGCGUGGCAAAUCAUCGAUCCCCUGUAUCGAAAAAUAGAGAUGUUUCCUUUAGAGGAUCCGCCAGAAGAAUCGGACGACUCCAAAAUAAGACCGGAGUUGGAGCAUUGCGGUACUGACAAUAUUAGCGUAUGGUACUCCAUAAUUUUCGCCUAUAAAGGUUUAGUUUUGUCCUUCGGCUUGUUUCUCGCCUACGAGACUCGAUCGCUCAAAGUGAAGCAGAUAAACGACUCGCAAUACGUGGCGCUGACCAUCUACAACGUGGUGAUAAUGUGCCUCAUAACCGUUCCAGUUUCGCUGGUCAUAACCAGCCAGCAGGACGCCAGCUUUGCCUUCGUCUCCAUCGCAAUCACGUUCUGCUGCUUCCUCUGUAUGGCCCUCAUUUUUUUGCCCAAGGUAAUUGCCGUAGUUAGUCAAUCAAGCGAUAAGGCUGAAAGUAAAUACAAUCCUGACGAGAGGCCAUCGAAAGAAGACGAAGAAAGAUACCAGAAGUUACUGUCAGAUAAUGAAGAACUACAACGAUUAAUUGCACAGAAAGAAGAACGAAUUAAAGUACUCAGACACCGAUUGCAAGAGCGUCAAAAGGGAUCAGGCAGCAGCAAAACGAUAGCAACCAAUUCCGGUAUACUGACCCAAGGUAAGGACACGCUGAUAGUAGCUGACUUCAUUACCGAUGCUGGCACGUCGGACUCAGCUUUUGGAGGGUGUAUUUCAGUCAUCACCAGGUCGUCUAGGUGUAGUCAAUCUGAUAUCGAGUUUAGUGAUAGUUAUCUGUAAAUAUUUGU